AAGGGUCAAUCGACCUCCACUUUUAUACCAAAGAAAAAGAAAAAAAUCCACCUCCAUUCUCCACCGUGCAAGCACACAAGCUCACCACCGGAUUGGGGGGCCCAACCGACACAGCUCUCUUUCUUGUCCGUCCCCUCCGUUUGUCCUCGUCCCCAAUCCCCACCUCCCGUUCCACUCCACGCUUCCCACGCUCGCCAUCAACCCAACAAGCAUUCCGCGCUACCUUUUCCACCCGCCUCUUCCUCUUCGCACACGCGCAGACCCACACCGAAGUUGCUGGUGAUGUUACUGAGCUGAGGGAACUCCAGCCUCUCAACUGCUAUCGCAAAGUAGAAACGCACUUUGGAAAGAGAGAAAGGAGGAGAUGAAGGUGGCGGUGGAGGUGGUGGACGCCGCCGAACUGAUGCCAAAAGACGGGCAGGGCUCGGCGAACCCGUUCGUGGAGGUGGAGUUGGACGGCCAGCGCCAUCGCACGCAGACCAAAGUCAAAGAUCUCAACCCUUUCUGGAACGAAAAGUUUCUGUUCAACGUGUCUGAUCCGUCGGAUCUCUACAACCAGACCAUCAACGUUUCUGUAUACCACGACAGCCGCUUGCCCUCCGACGGCGGCGGAAGACAUGGCCACCAACGCCAGUUCCUCGGACGCGUCCGCAUCUCCGGCGCCUCCGUCGCCAUCUCCCCAGCCGACGCCCCCGUCCAGCGCUUCCCCCUCGAGAAGCGCGGCCUCUUCUCCCACAUCCGCGGCGACAUCGGGCUCCGCGUCUACCUCCUCCCCGACUCCUCCGACCCCUUCCCCGCUGCGGCCGCCGCAGCCGCCGCCGUCCCCCCUUCUUCUGUUCCGACACCUAAUCCGGCCGUCGACGGCGAGAGGGCCUACCACAAGAACAAGGAGAAAAUGAAGAAGCCGGCGGCGGAGGAGCCGAGGGCGUUCUACUCCGUGGGCGCCGGAGGGGGUCUGGGGUACGAGUUCGCCCAGAUGAAGCAGGCCAUGGGGGGCGGCGCGGGGGAGAAACCGGCGGCGCCGAUGGGUGGCGGCGUCGCGGUGAAUGAGCGUUACGCGCGGGCGGAGCCGCCGCAGCCGGCGGUGAUGAACGUCCGGGCCGUCCCUGGCGCCGCGCCGCCGCCGCGCCCCGGCGCCCCGGAGUUCGGGCUGGUGGAGACGUACCCGCCCAUCGCCAGCCGCCUCGGGUACCGCGGCCGCGACAAGAUGGCCUCCACCUACGACCUCGUCGAGCCGAUGCAAUUCCUCUACGUGAACGUCGUCAAGGCCCGGGACCUCCCCACCAUGGACUUGACCGGCUCCCUCGACCCCUACGUCGAGGUCAAGCUCGGCAACUACAAAGGCACCACCAAAUACCUGGAGAAGAACCAGAACCCCGUCUGGCGCCAGGUGUUCGCCUUUUCGAAAGAUCGCCUCCAGGCCAAUGUGUUAGAAGUCACCGUCAAAGACCACGAUCUCGUGAAGGACGACUUCGUCGGAAGGAUCCUCUUGGACCUCAUCGACGUCCCCCUCCGGGUGCCGCCGGACAGUCCUCUCGCUCCGCAAUGGUACAGGCUGGAGGACAAGAGCGGUAACAAGGUCAUGAAAGGAGAGAUCAUGCUUGCUGUUUGGCUGGGGACGCAGGCCGACGAGACCUUCCCGGAGGCGUGGCACUCCGACGCCCACAACGUCGGCGUCGAGGGCCUGCAGCACACUCGCUCCAAGGUCUACUUCUCGCCGAAGCUCGUCUACCUCCGGGUGAUUGUAGUCGAGGCUCAGGACCUUGUUCUGCUCGACAAGUCCCGGCAGCCGAGCGUGUGGCUCAAGCUCCAGCACGGCGGGCAAUUGCGCCGCACCCGCCCGAACGCCUCGCUGAACCCGGUGUGGAACGAGGAGUUCAUGUUCGUGGCGUCGGAGCCGUUCGACGAGCCGCUGGUGAUCACCGUCGAGGACAAGGAGCCCCUCGGCCGGCUGGUGCUGCCGCUGUCGAACGCCGUCCAGCGCAUCGACCCCAGCAAGCCCCCUGUGCUGCCCCGGUGGUUCAGUCUAUCCAAGCCGAGCCCCUGGGGAGACGACGCUGGCACUGGCGAGAAGAAGAAGGAGCCCAAAUUCGCCAGCAAGGUCUGCCUCUGGCUCUGCCUGGAAAUGGGUUACCAUGUGCUCGAUGAAUCCACUCAUUACAGCAGCGACCUCCAGCCGGCGUCGAGGAACCUCCGGAAGCGGAGCAUUGGGAUACUGGAGCUCGGAAUUCUCGACGCCCGGAAUCUAAUGCCGAUGAAGGCCAAGGAUGGCAAGCUCACCGAUGCCUACUGCGUCGCCAAGUAUGGCCCCAAAUGGGUCAGAACUCGGACAAUUCUCAACAGCCUCGCCCCUCGAUGGCAUGAGCAGUACACUUGGGAGGUCUUCGACCCUUGCACCGUCAUCACCAUCGCCGUCUUCGACAAUUGCCACAUUUCCAGCAACAAGGACGAUGCCAAAGACCAGCGGAUCGGCAAGGUCCGAAUCCGGCUAUCGACAUUGGAGACCAAUCGAGUUUAUACUCAUUACUAUCCUCUGCUGGUCCUCCAGUCGUCGGGCCUCAAGAAGACCGGCGAGCUCCAUUUGGCGGUGAGGUUCACCUGCACGGCGUGGGUCAACAUGGUGACCCUCUACGGGAGGCCGCUGCUCCCGAAGAUGCAUUACGUCAAGCCCAUUCCGGUUUUUCAACUGGACAACCUCCGGCACCAGGCAAUGCAGAUUGUCGCCGCCCGGCUUGGCCGUGCUGAGCCGCCACUCCGGCGAGAGGUGGUGGAGUACAUGCUCGACGUGGGCUCGCACAUGUGGAGCCUGCGGCGGAGCAAGGCCAAUUUCUUCCGCAUCUCUGCUCUCCUCUCUGGCCUCGGUGCCAUCGGCCGAUGGUUUGAUGGGAUUCGGAACUGGAGGAACCCCAUCACCACAAUACUAGUCCAUGUCCUGUUUCUGAUACUGGUCGGCUACCCAGAGUUGAUCCUGCCGACAAUUUUCCUCUACCUGUUCAUGAUUGGUUUAUGGAACUACAGGCUCAGGCCGCGGCACCCGCCGCACAUGGACACGAAGCUGUCCCAUGCUGAAUUCACACACCCAGACGAGCUCGACGAAGAGUUUGAUACAUUUCCGACGUCGAGGCCCCCCAACAUUGUGAGGAUGAGGUACGACCGGCUGAGGAGCGUGGCGGGGCGGGUGCAGACGGUGGUGGGGGACCUCGCGACGCAGGGGGAGCGGGCGCAGGCCCUACUCAGCUGGAGGGACCCAAGGGCGACCGCCAUCUUCAUCAUGCUGUCGCUGAUCGUGGCGAUAAUCCUCUACGUGACGCCAUUUCAGGUGGUGGCGGUGCUCGUCGGGCUCUACCUGCUUCGCCACCCUAAGUUCAGGAGCAAGAUGCCGUCGGUGCCAUUCAAUUUCUACAGGAGGUUGCCUGCUAAGUCUGAUAUGCUGCUCUGAGCUCGACGUGGUUGACAUCAACGAAUAUAGGAGGGAAUAUGUGCAUGAAUGCAUCUUUCUUCUAUUAGCGUUUGAUCACUAUCUCUUAAAUUGGAUACGAAUAUACCUAAGAAUAAGGUAUCCAGGAUUGUUUAUAGAUAUAGAUAGAGAGGAAGAGGUGUCGAGCAUCUGCAUGUCCUGAAUAAACUAGUGUCAUCCUUUUAGGUGGAAAGGUUGGAUCCGAAUGGGUAUUGUUUUAUGGGUUUCUUCCUUUCUUUUAGAGGAGUCGAGCUUUUGGCACAUAGUAAUCACUGUUUUUUUUUUUUUUUUUAGCCGAUGGGAUCAUGUCUUGUGAUAACAGCUGCAGAUUUAGAAAGUGGAUGAGAAUCUGAAGGGAUAUGAGAAUGUUGGACAUGA